UUUGCGGAAACAUGGCGGGUCUGGAGCUACUGUCCGACCAGGGAUACCGUAUCGAUGGAAGAAAAGCCACCGAGCUGCGGAAGGUUCAGGCCCGCAUGGGAGUGUUCGCUCAGGCCGACGGCUCUGCGUAUUUAGAGCAGGGAAACACCAAAGCGCUGGCUGUGGUGUACGGUCCGCAUGAAAUGCGAGGCUCACGUAGUCGGACCCUUCAUGAUCGGGCCGUUAUCAACUGUCAGUACAGCAUGGCCACAUUCAGCACGGCAGAGAGGAAGAGGAGACCACACGGGGAUCGCAAGUCCACUGAGAUGAGCCUCCACCUCAAGCAGACGUUUGAAGCUGCUGUGAUGACCCAGCUCUACCCACGCUCUCAAAUAGACAUCUAUGUCAAGAUUCUUCAGUCAGAUGGAGGGAACUACAGCGUGUGUGUGAAUGCUGCCACCCUGGCAGUGAUUGACGCUGGCAUCCCCAUGCGGGACUACGUGUGUGCCUGCACAGUUGGGUUUGUGGACGAGACGCCCCUCGCAGAUCUUUGCUAUGCAGAGGAGGGUGGAGGAGUGAGCUCUCUGGCUUUAGCGCUGCUGCCCCGCGGCGGGCAGAUCGCUCUUCUGCAGAUGGACGCCAGACUGCAUCAAGAUCAUCUGGAGACUCUGAUGGAGGCUGCCAUGACGGCAUGUAAAGGUGUGAGCAAGGUGCUGGAUGAGGUGGUGCGGCAACACCUCCAAGAAGUGUCAGUGCUCACCGGAGAGUGAUGUAGGAAAGAGGGGUGAACAUCUGGACUGUGUUUUUGGGUGCAGCCUGAAUGUUUUUUAUGUAUGUGGCAAUUAUACUUUUGUACAUUACAGAAUAUGUGUGAACAAUAAAUAUGUGAACUCUG